UAGUGAGUCUCCAAUUCUUGGAUAUUCUAUAAUUGCACUUAAUUCCUUUAACACAAAAAUUGGUAAUAUUCAAGUACCCCUGUGUUUAAUUUGAACAACGAAAUUUAACCAUGUAUUACAUUCCACAAAAAAUUAAAAUGUGUCAUUACUCUCUUUUCUACUUUUAACAUAAAUUUCAGUUAUUACAGUUUAUAAUCACUGAGUUUGUGAAAAGUGUGCAGUUACAUCACGCGCAAUGUCAUCUUAACCAUAACUCGUGCAUUCCUUUUAAUUAAUCCGUCCUUGAAGAUAGCUAAAAUCUUCAUACGAACCACCUUCGUCGUAGUACGCACAGAACGAUUGAACUUUCUCAAAUGCUUUCAUACUAAGGUUGCACAGAGUGUCAUGUCCGGUUCCGGUAUUUAAGACGCACCACGCACUUUCCUUUAUAUCGCUCUUGACACUUUGAUACUAAUUUCGAGAAUAUUCGACAAUUUAGUGCCAAAUAUAUAUAAUUUUAUCGAAAUUAAAAUCUCCCAAGUGUUUCUUACGACGUUGAUUAAGAGAUAUGCAAAAGUUAAGAACUACUCGCUCAUACAACAUAUCGUCUGCAGAAAACCAAUGACGUCACGCUGAUCAGCUGGAAGUCAAUGUUGCAACGAUUCUUCGUAACACGAUUCAAUUUUCAUCCACUGAAUGUAAACCUGACAUUUUUUUAUACCAAGAAACGUCAAAAUGAUUAAUACGAAUGUCACGAUAUUAUACGGUAGUGAAACCGGUACUGCUGAAGACGUAGCUGAACAAAUUUGGAAAAGUGCCAAAAGGAAAGGUUUACAUAGUUCUGUUUCUGCAAUGGAUGACUAUGAUAUAAAAAGCCUUACAUCGGAAAGGAUGAUAAUCUUUGUAGUUGCUACAACUGGUCAGGGAGAUCCUCCUAAUAAUAUGAAACAAUUUUGGAGAUUUCUGUUACGAAAAAGUCUGCCAACAACAUUUCUGAUGAAUGUAAAAUAUGGAGUGUUAGGUUUGGGUGAUAGUUCCUAUAGGAAAUUUAAUUUUGCAGCAAAAAAGUUAAACAAAAGGUUGAUACAGCUGGGAGCAAAAGAAUUACUGCCUAUUGGAUUAGCGGAUGACCAACAUGACUUGGGGAUAGAUGCUGUUAUCGACCUUUGGGUACAAGAAUUGUGGAUAAAAAUUAUGGAUACAUUUCAUAUAAACACAAUAGAUUUGAUUAACGAUCAAGAUAAAAUAAUUGAAAGAUUUAAUGUUGUUGAGAUAAAUGAAAAUUCUGUAAAUAACAAUUAUUACCCAGAAACUAAUAUUUAUAUGAAAGAAGUACUUACAAAUGAUAAAAUGAAAGUGGGCACAGUAAUAGAAAAUAUAAGAACUACAGCUGAAGAUCAUUUCCAAGAUGUCAGAUUAAUUAAAUUAAAGUCAAAUAGCAUUAAUUACCAACCUGGGGAUAUAGUGUAUGUUAGACCCAAGAAUUCUAAACAACAAGUAGAAACAUUUUUUAAUGUAUUGAGUAAUAAUAAUGUAGAAUUGAAUCCAAAUAUGAGAAUUCAAGUUUCUGAAAAGGAAGUUAAGGUUCCCACUGUUUUAAAACAAACUUUAACAUUACAACAAAUUGUAGAACAAUAUUGGGAUCUAAACUUUAAGCCAAGACGAUGUACAAUGCAAGUAUUGUAUCAGAUUAGUGAAAAUGAAUUAGAAAAAGAAAAGUUCUAUGAGUUUACAACUGCAAAUGGACAAGAGGAAUUGUAUAAUUACAUUAAUAGACCAAGAAGAAAUAUUUUAGAAUUGUUAGCUGAUUUUCCUCACACAACUAGUAAAUUAAAUGUAAGACUAUUAUUUGAAAUCAUGUCUCCCAUAAAACCUCGUGCUUUUAGCAUAGCAUCAAGUUCAAAAAUUACUGAAAGUGAAAUACACUUGCUAGUAGCUGUGGUAAAGUAUAAAACUAAAUUGUUAGAACCAAGAUAUGGUUUGUGUUCCAAUUGGUUGGCUAAGUUAGAAAAAGAAGAAAAAAUAAUAUUCUGGAUACAGACAGGAACAUUUAAAUUCACAUACGAUAAACCAAUGAUACUUAUUGGACCAGGAACAGGUGUUGCACCAUUUCGUUCAAUUCUAUUAGAAAAAUCUGUAUUACACAAUGAUUUAAGCAACUGUGUUCUAUUCUUUGGAUGCAGAAAUAAGGACAAAGAUUAUCAUUGUAAAGAUGAUUUUGAAUAUUUAUCACAGAAACUGCAUUUAUAUUUAUUUUGUGCAUUUUCUCGAGAUCAAGAAAACAAAAUAUAUGUACAACACGUUAUACGAAAUCAAAAACAAUUAUGUUGGGACUUGCUGAACAGAAACAGUAACAUUUAUGUAGCAGGUACCGAACCUGUUCGUCUCUCCCCUGGAUGGGAAGGCACUGGCAGGCCCGAUGAUGAAUUGAAUUUUAAAGGAGUUACAAUGGAUCAAGCGGAUCUUGAAUUAAAUCCUCCCAAAGAUAGAUUAAGUAUUGUAUUCCUUAUAAUGGUACUUCAUGGAGUUGGUGCCUUGAUGCCAUGGAAUAUGUUCAUAACAGCAAGAAGUUAUUUUAUUGACUACAAAUUAUCUAAGGAUUAUACAGGGAUUAAAACCAUCUAUGCCACAAAUUUCCUUCCAUACGUAGGAUUUGCAUCGCAAAUACCAAAUCUAUUCUUUAAUUGGUUAAAUAUAUUUCUACAAUUUGGCGGGAAUUUGACAACGCGUAUAGUAUGGAGCAUCUUCAUGCAGGUUUUGAUAUUUGUAUGUACUGUUAUUUUGGCAAUGACCGAUAGUUCUAGUUGGCCUGGAGUUUUUUUUUGGGUCACCAUGGCUUCUGUUGUUACAUUAAACACUGCUAAUGGAAUUUACCAAAACUCUGUAUUUGGUAUGGUUGCAAAGUUACCCGCGAAAUAUACUGGAGCUGUUAUCUUAGGCACGAAUUUAAGUGGAACAUUUACAGCCAUUAUUAACGUUAUUGCUCAAUAUAUGGCACCAAAUGCUCGAACAGCUGCAAUUUACUACUUUAUAACUGCUCUCUUUGUUCUUUUGGCAUGCUUUGACACUUACUUUGCACUUCCGAUAAAUAGGUUUUAUCGAUAUAAUGAAUUAUUACAUCAGAAAGGAUUAAAUAAGAGACAAUUGGAAAAUAAGGCAAGAACAAAACAUGAUAGACUACCAUAUUGGAAAAUAUUUAAACAGUGUUUUCCUCAAUGUUUCAACACAUUUUUUGUAUUCUUCGUAACUCUCUCUUUGUUUCCUUCUGUGCAAACUUUCAUACAACCAUCGGACCCCAAUUUUAUAGUCCCACCAGAGUACUAUAGUUCUGUUAUGUGUUUCCUUACAUUCAAUAUUACGGCUCUGAUUGGUAGUUGUGCCGCAUCUUUAUAUCAGUGGCCUAGUAAAAAAUAUUUGGUAAUCCCAGUUGUUUUACGUGUUUUGUACAUACCACUAUUUUUAAUGUGCAACUAUAGACCGAAAGAUUAUACAAGACUAUUACCAGUAUAUAUUAAUAAUGACUGGGUUUAUUUCUUAAUUGCUGUAACAAUGGGUAUAAGCAGUGGUUAUUAUUCAUCGUUAUCCAUGAUGUACUGUCCCAGAAUGGUAGAUUCGAAAUACUCUUCAACAGCUGGCAUGUUCGGUGCAGCGUCAUUAAUUACAGGAAUUGUUAGUGGAUUAUUGUUUUGUAUGCUGAUGCCUAAUUUGGUAGCAAAUUUAUUUUUUUAAUACUUGUAUUAUUUGAUUACAAAACAGUGAUUCAGUUUUAAAAACAUUUCUUACGUAGGAAAAUCAAAAUGACGGAAAAGUAAUAACUUGAUGAAAUCAGAUUUAUUGACAUAAUUUAAACAAAUUUUAAUGUACGAUUUAUAUUUUUUAAAAUUUGAUUUCUAUAGGUUCUGCUAUUACAGUAGAUGAAAUUGAAAAUAAGUGUUAUAUUUAAUUGCAAAAAUUUCGUUCAAUGAAAUGUAUAUGAUACUGAUUGAUUCAUAUUUGAAUUAGUAGAAAAUUAUCUUGUUUAUGACCGUAGAGAGGAAGUUAGAAAGUAUCAGUGUUGAACGAGAGAUGUAAAAAUUACCUGAUAUUUAUCGAACUCGAAUUGUACUGUGUUUUGUUUUAAGAUAUAAAACAAGGAAGCAGAAAUCAUUAUAUCACGUAAAUGAUUUUAAUGUUUAAUCAUCACUCCAAUGAAACUAUUACUACUACCUAGAAUUGGACCAAUAAGCCUUACUAAUCACACGUUACUAGGUUUUUCACAUAUAUAAGUUGAUUCGAAGCCGCUAAAAUAAGCACAUAAAAGAUUUGUAUAUUUAAUGAUUGUUACUUGCAUAGACCAAAUUUAAGAUAAGACUACUUUGUUACUUUUUUUGUACUAACAAUACAAUCAAUUCAGAACUAAACUGCAUAUCAUUUAUAUCACAGAUGCAUGGAUGCAUCGUUUGUUUCAUUGUCAAAUAUUUAAUAACUGCUCUAAUUCACUCGAAAUAUUUCCAAUGUUCUGAUAUUCUCACACAUGCAUUUAACAAACAUAUCAGGAUAUUUUUUGACUAAUGUCCGUGCAGCUUUUGCUCAGAGGAAUUAACAAUUUUAAUAUUUGAUACCUAAUUUUAUAAUAAUUUAUGUUGCUGUGCCUUAUUUUUUAAUAAUCAACAAGAUACAUUACUUUUACAAACGUUAAUGUAGAGUAUACUUUCUAUAUUAUUGUUAUUAAUAUGUUAGUUGUAUUACUUUUUGUAUUUACUUUUGUUUGUAGUGUUUAUAAUUGAUAUUUACAAUUGUAUAAUCACUGAAGAAUUAAUGCUUAUAUCUUGAAGCAAUUUAUAAAUACUAAGUGAUCAAGGAACAAUCUCACUUGACAUAGAUCAUGACAAUAAACUCUCUUUUUUAUUUAAUAAAAAUAUUAUUUUAUAUAUUUCUGUAAUCUCCUUUGUUUUUUUUGCAUGUAGUAAACAUAUAAAAAGUAAUAUAUCAUGCUAUAUGCUUACUAAGUACUUCUCUUUAAUCUGUGCAUUAAAAACUGAUUAAGACAGUAUGUAUAAGUGAACAGUGACAUCACGACUUAAAUUGUAUGGUAUGUUAACACAAGCUCAAUGAAACUGCGCUACAAAACUUUUGAACAUUUACAAGGUCUAUUGUAUCUGUUAACACACAUGACUACUUAAUUCAUGAGUAAAAAAUGUGAAACAAUAUAUAUUUUAUGUUGAAUGAUUUAACAUUAUUGUUCAAAUUAUUUCUAAAUGGUGUAUACUAUUUUGUUAUUUUAUUUAUUUAAUUAUACUCAGUUUGCAUGAAUUUUUAUUUAAAUAAUAAGAAAUUCCUCAAAAUUGACUUAAAUUGGAAGUCCUUUUCAAUCAUUUUGAUCAUUGAGUAUUGUAAAUUAUUUUGAUUAGAAAAGAGAUCAAAUAAAAGUAUACAUCAUUGAAUAUGAACUUCCGUUCAAGUACAAUUAUCAGAAUUUGUAAAUAUUAUCUAAGUGCUUCCACAUGUUAUAACAUGUGAAGAUUAUAAAUUUGCAUUUUUAUUAUAUAUAUUGUAACUUAUAAGCAAUAAUGUUUCACUAUUUAUAAUGCUGUUUGUCAUCUAAUUCUAUCAACUUAUAUAUACUUAUAACCAAUACUCUUACACUCAUUCAAAUUAUACACGAUUAAAAUUUGUUAUCUUAAUCGUAUACUUAUGAACAUCUACACAUCUUGCUGAUGGAAAAAAGACUUAAAUUACCUCAAGUGUUGUAUCCCAUGUUGACCACAAAUUUUAUUCUAAAACAUAGAAUCCGAAUUCCUAGAAGGACAAUCCUCUGCAUAAAGCAAUUCAGACAAUAAAUUAUAAAUGAAAUUCAAUGAGAUCCUUGAAUGAAACAUCAUUGAAGUUAAAGCUGAUAGAAAGCAUAGAAGGAAUAUUUUUAUAUUGAUUCAGUCGUGGACGCGUUUUGUCAAAAAUUGCUUAAUGCAUAUCAUAUUAUAUAGAUUAGGAAUUUUUAAUUGAAAUACACUGGAGUUAUUGAUUAUAAAAAGAGAAUUCAAACAGUACAUCUGUUUCUACAUAAAAAUGGUAUUACAAUAGAUGAUAUGGCAACAUAUAGUAACCGGGUUACUGUAAUGUUGAUAUAUAAAUCUUACCAUUAUUAUGUUGAAAUAUUUGGACAGGCAUAGAAUAAAUAUAAAUGUAAAGUAUUAUAAAAUACUUACAAAGUUCACGAUUACAGAUAAGUCUUAAAGCGUAGAUUUACGGAAUUGUUUUAACCAUUCAAUUUAUUGUAGAAAUGAUGUUAAAUAAAUGCAUAAGGACAAGUUUGAUUUCGUGCUUAAUGACUCAAUUAUAUUGCGAUAAUCUACACAGUGUUUAAUAUCGAAAAAAAAGAAUAUAAUUCAUAAUACAUGAUCUGUUCGUAUCAUUUCUUAUUACAUUCUACUAGGUAAUCACAAAUAAAAUUCACAAUGAAAUAUUUCCUUAAAAAUAAAUGUUAUUCCCUUUGUUAAUAUUGGUAUACAGUAUUAAACAGUAAACAUUCAGAAUUAGAACAAAAGAAUGAUGCACUGUGUAUAGUACAAGUUGUCUGAUUCAAUAAACUUUACAUAACAUAAACUUUUUCUAUCCUUUUGUACGGAUACACUUCUUUGGUUUUCGGACAAAUCACAGUACCAUUGUUCUCUUGAGCCAUUUUUUCUAAUGCCUACAAUAAUGAAUUAUUUAUCAACGUGUAAUCAGACAGUUUUUUCACUGUUAAAUUGAACAUUUCUACUUACUUGUUCUCCAUAUACAUAUCCAUUCGGCAUCAUCAUAGGUUGGUUGUACUCAUUUAAUGGUUUACCACUAAUACUGCAAACAAGUCUAGACUGUGAACAAUGAGCGAAAGGCAAUGGAGCAGCUAAUUCAUUAAGAGCUUUGUUGCACACGGGACAAUUUGGAUUUCUGCCUUCUUUAUUUGCACUAUAGCACUGAGGUGUUUUCAAUGCUGAUAAUCCUGCUUGUAGAGCUACCGUAAAAACACUCUGACUCGCUAAUUGGAAAAGUCUAUAAUUUUCAUGUCUAAACUGCUCUAUCAGUCUAUCCCAUCUACAAAUGUUACAGUAUUAUUGAAAGAUUAUUUUGUAAUAUAUUUAUAAUUAAAAUGCAAAUGUAAAUCAUGAAAACUCUAAAUGGAAUUCUAUAUAAAAAUGAGUAGAAGAUACACAUACCUUUUUUCAUCUAACAAAUCUUUAUAUGGACUGAGGGAUGUAUUAGCUGGAAAUGCCAACUGACCCAUGCAACACUGAAUCUCUUGUAAUUGAUAAUCAUCAUAAUUGGCAAAACAUUUCCUGGCAUGUUUGACAGCGUCAAGUCUUCUGUCUUGUCUCACUAACUCUAUAAACUCCUGUACACGUAAAUUAAAUUCCAUGGUACUUCCUAGUUUUCUUAAUUUAGACCGAUUGUCAUGGCACCAUCCAACACAUAUUGCUGUCUCGUGGUUUGCUAAAGAUUUUUCGACUUCUCUCGAUACCAUAAAAACAUCUAAAAGUAUAAAAGAAACAAUAUUUGCAUAUAAUAAAGAUAAAUAUUAGUUUACAUACCUAUGUUCGUUAGGUCUCUAAGUUCACUGUUGUUUGCUAAUUUUGUUGCAGUUUUAUAAUAACCCUUACGAAGAAAAUAUUCUAUCAACAUUCUAUCGAGUCUCUGGCGUCGCCAUUGGUUUACUACACUUGGGGUUGUAUUAGCAUGUUCUUUUAAAUGAUCCAAUCGUCUCUUACAAACCAUUCCUGCUUGUAAUUCCUCUGCUAUAGACUCUUCUGCUUUUCUCUUCAAAACCUGUAGUUUAGCUACAACUCCUCCUAAUAAUCUACUUAUUUCUCCUGCAGGAACGCCUGUUCCAUCAUUCUUUAAUAACUCAUUAGCUGCAGCUAGUACAUGCGAACCUUCUCUAUCUAAAGUUUUCUGAGCUGAACGAAACUUUUUGUUAAGUAGUUCAUAAGGAACCUAU